UUGACAUCCUUCUCUACCUGCCGCCUCAUCUAUCCGCUCCUUAAUGUUUUUUUUUCCCCUACGAUUUGAUUCUAAUUGUAUCAAUUUGAAAUUGAAAGGUGGAAUAUUCUACACAACCGCUCCUUUGAUCUCAUUUAAUCCACCUUUUGCGGUAGCGAACGAGUCGAGUUAGCUAUAGCAAAUAGCUAGUUAUUGCUCCGCAUGGGAAUUGCGAUUGUUUGAGGGGAUUGCGCUGGCUACUUGGACCAUAGCCGGCCGGGUGGCCUGGCAGUGAUUGAGGCCCUUAAUUGUACUGAACUCUCGACCUGGUCCACUGCCAUAUCGUCAUGGACCGCAACAUCGAUAUCUACGCCAGCAAGCUGAGCGACGAGAAGCUCGAUACGAAGAUAAGGGCCAAUGUCGCUGUCGAGUUACGAGAUAGUAUCGAGCCGUUAUGUUCUGGUGCAAGUUACCCAAUGUUCCUGGCCAAGUUAUGGCCGGUGUUCAAGAAUAUCCUGAAGGGUGAUCCGGUGUUCACGAACGUAUCAUUCGAACAGGUGAAAUGCUAGCGAUCCUAUUCAUGGUGGAGGAUAAAAUCAACUGACUUGGUUGGGGGCUAUAUAGAAACUGCGUAACUGCGUUCUCGAGACUCUCCACCGGUUACCCAUGGCCUUACCAGACGUGGAACCGUACGCUGGCGAUAUGGUUGAUUUGCUGAUGGAGCUUGUGCGGGUUGAGAACGAGGAGAAUGCCGUUCUUUGCAUGAAGACAAUCAUGGAUCUUGCGCGGAAUCAGGCGAAGGCGACCGCUAAUAGGGUUCAGCAGUUUUUGGAACUCAUCCAGGAGAUGUUCCAGACAAUGGAACAGGUAGUUCGUGACACAUUUGAUAUCCCAAGCCAGACGACGAGUCACCCUCCUGGUAUGCCUUCGACCCCCGGUACAACCGCUCAGAACUUCCAGUCUCCACGUCCGAGUUCACCUGCCACUUCCGUAUCAGAUCUUGGGCCGGAGCAACAGCCGAAUAACAUCUUGCUUAGAGGCAUGCAGUCAUUCAAGGUUCUCGCAGAAUGCCCAAUCAUAGUGGUCUCGGUAUUUCAAGCCCAUCGCAGCUCUGUUGGACCGAAUGUGCGACUUUUUGUGCCUCUCAUAAAGAGUAUUUUACUUUUGCAGGCGAAACCCCAGGAGAGAGCACAUGCGGAAGCGGCCGCUCAAGGGAAGAUAUUUACUGGAGUGUCAAAGGAUAUCAAGAACAGAGCCGCAUUUGGCGAAUUCAUCACGGUACAAGUCAAGACAAUGAGUUUCCUCGCGUAUCUGCUACGCAUGUACAAAGAUCAGUUGCAGGAUUUCCUUCCCAAUCUCCCAUCCGUUGUUGUUCGUCUUCUUCAGGAUUGUCCAAGAGAGAAGUCCAGCGCCCGCAAGGAGCUUCUUGUGGCCAUACGCCACAUUAUAAAUUUCACCUAUCGCAAGAUCUUCCUUGACAAGAUUGAUGAACUUCUUGACGAGAGGACGCUGAUUGGUGAUGGUCUUACGGUGUAUGAGACAAUGAGACCUCUUGCGUACAGCAUGCUCGCCGAUCUGAUUCACCACCUACGCGACCACCUUAGUCGCGAUCAGAUCCGCCGGACGGUCGAGGUGUACACUAAGAAUCUCCACGAUGACUUCCCUGGCACUAGCUUCCAGACGAUGAGCGCGAGGCUCCUUUUGAAUAUGACAGAGAGGAUUUGUAAUCUCGAGGACAAAGCUGAGGCGCGGUACUUCUUGGUCAUGAUUCUCGACGCCAUUGGCGAUAAAUUUGCUGCGAUGAAUCAUCAAUUCAAUAACGCAGUGAAGGUGUCCAAAGCGUACAAGGCAUCUAAAAAGGAUCUAGAACCUGCUCCAGAGCAUUACCUUGCCCACAAAGAUCAACCUCCAGAAUGGGAUGAAAUCGACAUAUUUACUGCGUCGCCCAUCAAGACUUCUAAUCCUCGAGAUCGUGGGGGGGACCCGGUUUUUGAUAAUAUCUACUUGUUCAAGAAUUUGAUCAACGGUUUGAAAAACGUCUUCCAUCAGCUCAAGAAAUGCAAUCCGGAACAUAUCCAGAUCGAUCCUAACAGCGUGCCGAUAAACUGGCCCGAGGUGUCGUACGGCUACAAUGCAGAGGAGGUGCAGGUUAUAAGGAAGCUCUUUCACGAAGGUGCGCGUGUGUUCCGCUACUAUGGUGUAGACCAGCCCCCUCCUGAGAUCAAUUACAACACUCCUUUCGACUUCCUUGCUAGUCAGUACGCUGCGCCGCCGUCGCGAGAAGAGAAAGAGCUUAUCGAGAGCUUCGGGACGGUAUUCCACUGCAUUGACACGGCAACGUUUCAUGAAGUCUUCCACCCUGAGAUCCCAUAUCUCCACGAGCUCAUGUUUGAGCAUGGUGCCCUGCUUCACUUGCCCCAGUUCUUCCUGGCCAGCGAAGCCACAUCACCUGCGUUCUCGGGAAUGGUGCUUCAAUAUCUCAUGGACCGUAUCCACGAAGUUGGGACUUCUGACAUUACUAAAGCAAAGAUCUUGUUACGAAUGUUCAAGCUCUCUUUCAUGGCUGUGACGCUUUUCUCCGUGCAGAAUGAGCAGGUCCUCCACCCCCAUGUUACAAAAAUCGUGACAAAGUGCAUUGAGCUCUCCGUUACUGCAGAGGAACCCAUGAACUACUUUCUCCUAUUGCGGUCGCUGUUUCGUAGCAUUGGUGGUGGUCGAUUCGAGCUUCUGUACAAGGAGAUUCUUCCCCUUCUGGAAAUGCUUCUCGAGACGUUCAACAACCUUUUGCUUGCUGCUAGAAAGCCGCAGGAGCGAGAUCUCUAUGUUGAGCUUACCCUCACUGUCCCCGCUCGUCUAAGCCAUCUUUUGCCGCAUCUUAGCUACCUGAUGCGUCCGAUUGUCGUUGCCUUGCGUGCGGACUCCGAUCUUGUCGGACAAGGUCUCAGAACUCUCGAGCUUUGUGUGGAUAAUCUUACUGCGGAUUACUUAGACCCCAUAAUGGCCCCAAUUAUGGAUGAUUUGAUGACAGCUUUGUGGGAUCAUUUACGUCCACAUCCAUACAACCAUUUUCACGCUCAUACGACCAUGAGAAUCCUGGGCAAACUUGGAGGUCGAAACCGGAAAUUCCUCAAUCACCCUCCGGAACUUUCGUUUCAGCAGUUCGCAGAUGAUGCCCCGAGUUUCGACAUCAAGCUUAUCGGACCCAGUGAGAAGCGGCCGUUCCCCGUCGACAUCGGUGUCGAUCUGGCUAUUUCAAAGUUGAUGGAAGUCCCGAGGACUCCUUCAGCCAAAGCCUCGGACUCUUACUACAAGCAGCAGGCCUAUCGUAUGCUUAGCUCGCAACUAAAGCUUUUCAUUGGCUACGAGACACUUCCAGAAGACUUCGCAUCCCUCCUCCGCCUUGAAGCCAAUGAUCUUUUUGAAGGAAAAUUCGGUAAUGUGCCCGAUAUAUUCGAGAAGUCAGAUAGAUCUGGUUCUAUUCCAAAGAAACUGGCUCAAGAGGCAACAAUCAAGAAGACUGUGAAGGCUUGUAUUUUUGCCACUACGAUCCCAGAUCUGGAGCAGACAGCGACAGCAUUUGUGGCGGAUGUCUUCAGACAUUUUGCUGUUGUGGAGGUUGGCCGGGCACUCGCUCAAAUCCGACAUACGCGCAGGCCGUUUGACGUCAACAGCGGGGAAGGACCUCUGUACCUUGACACCCGGGUUCUGGCAGAAGCUGUCGUUGAUAGCCUAUCUUCUGAUAAUGCCCGAGUUCGUGAUGCAGCCGAGGCGGCAAUGAGGGUUCUAAGGGACGCUGCUGCUAUUAUAUUUGGGGCCCCUGAACGAGCUUCCAAGCUACCCAUUUUUCAGCAUCUCGGCCGCACGUUCUGCCAUAGUUGUCACAGCGAGGAAUGGUUCACGAAGGCGGGCGGUAGUCUUGGAAUCCACAUUUUUGCAACGAAGAUGGAUCUUGGAGAUUCUUGGCUAUAUGAGAAGCAGGCUGAAUUUGUCCGAGCUCUGAUGUAUGUCAUCAAGGAUACGCCCCAAGAUCUCCCAGCAGGUACACGACUACGGGCACAGGAGACUCUGAACUUAAUUCUGCGGACAUGCAACAAACAUGUUUCCAAAGAUGAUUUGAAAAAUGAGAAGAGUCGUCUCUUUUCUAUCUGCGGCUUUUUCGUCUACGAGCUCUCCCACAUGAACAAACAUGUCCGUGAGGCGUCCCGAAAAGCUUUUGCUACUCUGGCAGAUGUUCUAGGCUGUCAAGUGCAUGAGCUUAUCUUCCCAGUUAAAGACCGCCUGCUAGCGUCGAUAUUCAAUAAACCACUGCGAGCUCUGCCGUUCCCUACGCAGAUUGGGUUCAUCGAUGCAAUAACUUUCUGCCUGAGCCUCCAUAACAAUAUCGUGACUUUCAAUGACCCUUUGAAUCGUCUAAUGUUGGAAUCCCUCGCACUUGCUGAUGCGGAUGAUGAGUCGCUAGCGUCCAAACCCAAUGAGUUCAAGAAUGCGGAGAUGAUUGUUAACCUGCGCGUGGCUUGCCUCCGCCUCUUGUCCAUGGCUAUCGGUUUCCCUGAGUUUGCCAAUUCCCCGCAGAACACUAGCCGUGCCCGGAUUAUUUCUGUUUUCUUCAAGUCCCUCUAUUCUCGAUCACCAGAGGUUAUCGAAGCUGCAAAUGCGGGUCUGAGAGACGUACUUACACAGACCAACAAGCUGCCGAAGGACCUACUGCAGAAUGGCCUUCGUCCUAUUCUCAUGAACCUGCAAGAUCCGAAGCGUUUGAGUGUCGCUGGUCUGGACGGGCUAGCCAGGCUUCUCACGCUGCUGACCAAUUAUUUCAAGGUAGAGAUUGGAGCUCGUCUCCUGGAGCAUAUGAAGGUCAUUGCGGACGACGCAAUCUUGCAGAAGGUGUCCUUCAGUCUUGUCGAGCAGAACCCUCAGAUGAAGAUAGUGGCUGCGAUCUUCAACAUUUUCCACCUUCUUCCAGCGGCGGCAACGAAUUUCAUGGAACGUCUCGUCAACAAGGUUUUGAGCCUCGAAGAGACGCUCCGCAGGACUUGUUAUAGUCCUUUCAGGAAGCCAAUUGUCAAGUAUCUAAACCGUUACCCGAAGGAUAGUUUGACCUUCUUCCUGGGCCGCUUUAAGGACGAGCGUUACGGACGAUUUUUCGGACAGGUGCUUGCAGACCCAGAAAGUGAAGCUUUACGUUCGGCUGUGGUUGCGGACACUGCUGCGUUUGCCACUGCUGCUUUUGGGGAAGAGACGGCUGAUGGAUCGAACACUGCUGCCAUAAAUGGUAUCUUUGUUGCCCACUCGGUCUCUUCUUACGCCUCUAGCAAGCAGUGGCUUGUCUCACAUCCAGAUUUGCGGAGAAAACUAUUGGAUUCCGGCCGUCAACUUCACGGCAAGCUACGCGGAAACAAAUUGCCUUCGAAUGAGCGACUGAGAGUUGAGCAGGCUGGGGAGCAGCUGUUGAAUAUCUUCACUAUUUACCUCGCAGAGUCGCUACAAGAUUUGGAUUUCCUCUUUGACAUAAUGGACGGGCUGUCUGCCGAAGAGCUAAAAUUCACCCUGGCAUUCCCCAAAUUCAUCUACCGGCAUAUCAUAUGCAAUGAAUCUAUUGAUUAUAGACGGUCCGUUAUCAUGCGUUGUUUGGACCUCUAUGGCCAGCGCUCUUGUUCGCAGAAGAUGAAGACUUACGCCUUCCGUCACCUUGUGAAUCCUAUCUUUGCGAUGGAUGUCCAGAACACAUGGAACAGUCCUCCCAAUAACCCAAAACUCAUGGAUAAAAGCAUGACAGAGUCUAUCCAGAGCCGUUUAUGGAGACCUCAGCUGGGUGACAUAAGUGAGGAGUCUAACCAGCCUCGAGUUGACCACUCUCGUAUGGAAUUGCUCCAGCUAUCCGCUUUGUUGAUCAAAUACCACCACCAGACCGUCCAGGAUACGCGGAAAGACAUUAUAAAGUUCGCGUGGAACUACAUUAGGCUGGAGGAUAUCAUUAACAAAUAUGGUGCCUACGUGCUCAUUAGCUAUUUCAUCGCGCAUUAUGAUACCCCGUUCAAAAUUGCAAUCCAGGUUUACGUGGCCCUGUUGAGAGCCCACCAGAACGAGGGCAAGGCUCUUGUUACUCAAGCGCUCGAUGUUCUUGCUCCUGUGUUGCCUACAAGGGUCACACCGGCAACAGGGAGCACCCAAACGACAGAUACGCGGUACCCAUUAUGGGCUAAAUGGCCUCGACGUAUUCUGGCUGAAGAGACGGCCAAUUUACAGCAAGUCAUGUGUAUCUUCCAGUUUCUCGUUCGGCAGCCGGACCUUUUCUACGAAUCGAGGGAGCAUUUCGUGCCACUUAUCGUGCCGUCUUUAAUCAAGAUUGCGACGCCUCAAAACUCAUCCAACGAGAGCAAGAAGCUUGUGUUAAAUCUCAUUAGCCUUAUUUGGCAUUGGGAAGAAAGGAGGGUCAAGGGCGCGAGACAUGAAACCCCCAAUGGUACUGUCGAGUCGCCAAAUGCGAAGAAGCGUAAGCUCGAUGAUAUGCACAGCACUCCUGCUUCUUCCCCAGCGCAUCUUCCACCAAGCUCACGCGAGCGUUCCGAAUAUAUGGUUCCUUAUGAUCUUCGAGCAGCGUUAACCAAAUAUCUUAUCACAUUCAUUACUACGAUUCCCGAACGCUUCCCCGUCCCGGCUGCCAAAAUCCGGGAACUUCCCUCCUCCAGACCGCAACAGCCCCCCACCUACCCAACUGAAAUGAUUAAGAAGGCUAUGUUUCUGCUUAGGAGUCUCCUCUCACCGGAAUACUGGGGGGAUGUUGAUGUAGAGCUCUACCAGAAGGCAACGGAACCUAUUCUGGCUGGAGAGAAUGCUGACAAACCGGACGAGAAACACACCACCUACAUAGUCAACGCCUUACAAGUUGUGCGUGUACUUCUUGCUUCCAAGCCCAAUGAAUGGGUCGUUCCUCGCCUGCCCUUGCUGCAGAGACUCUUUGAGAAGCCGCUACGCUCGGAUAAUCCGGAAAUUCAAGAUUGCUUGCAUGGUUUUGAGGAGGAGACGGAAACGCCUUUCAAGUUACCACCCCCUGUGAAGCGCGCGUUGGAUGCUUUACCUGAGGAUCAACCUGAUGAAGAGGAUGUCAUGGAUACCGAAAACUCGCCGUCUGAAUUCGUGUCGUAUCUGUCCACCAUUGCGACGGAAACACUUUCUGCCAACAACUACGUUUCCAGCUUAAAUAUUUUGUGGACACUUUCCAAACACAAACCCGCCGAGAUGGAUGCACAUAUUCCUCAGGUCAUGAAGGCUUUCUCCCAAAAGCUCGCUAAAGAACACGUCGCGGCCAAUGUGAAUGGCCAAGUCCCUGGACAGUAUCAUCCCAACGUCAAACCCGCGGAAUUGGUACCGGACAAUCAAGAGUAUGAGAUUGGGGUUGACCUUAUCCUCAAAACGAUUGACUUAAUUUCCAUUCGUAUGUCCCAUUUAGGGGAACAGCGACGUCCUUUCCUUAGUGUUCUGGCGCAGCUGGUGGAGCGAUCCCAUAAUAUCAACCUUUGCAGCAAAAUAUUAGACAUGGUGGAGGGUUGGAUCUUCCAUUCAACCGAGCUGUUGCCGACUUUGAAAGAGAAGACGGCGGUCUUACAUAAGAUGCUCGUUUUUGAGUCUCGAAGCGACCAAAGGAUGCUCAAGAAGUUCCUGGACCUUGUGAUUAGGAUUUAUGAGGAUUCCAAGAUCACUCGGACCGAGUUGACUGUAAGAUUGGAACACGCAUUCCUGAUUGGUACUCGGGCACAAGAUGUCGAAAUGCGCAACCGAUUCAUGAACAUCUUUGACCGAAGUCUGACCCGGCUGGCCAGUUCUCGACUCAGCUACGUACUUACCUGCCAGAACUGGGACACUCUCGCCGACUCUUUUUGGCUGGCACAAGCUACUCAUCUGAUCAUGGGAUGUGUUGACAUGACGACACCUGCUAGAUUACAUCCUGAGGAUUUCACAGUCUAUCCAGUUUCAUUUCUCUUCAGUUCCGCGGAGAAUGAUGCAAGGAAAUCAGAUGUGAUGGUGGACAGCCAGUUGGAAAACUUCCUAUCUGAUUUCAAGCGAUUCGAGGUGGAAAUAGGCGAUGUGAAAGUCCGCGACAUCAUGGAGCCUCUUUGCCAGCUUCAGCAUACUGAUGCCAAUGUCGCCUACAAGCUUUGGACUACAUUGUUUACGAUUUUCUGGUCGACAUUGUCUCGAGAAGACCGUAUAGAUCUAGAGAAAGGAAUGGUUACACUGGUUACGCGGGAAUACCAUCAUAGGCAGCUUGACAGGAGACCAAAUGUCGUCCAAGCCCUGUUAGAAGGUGCUGUCCGUGCCAAACCGCGGUUCAAGAUCCCACCUCACGUCAUGAAGUAUCUGAGUCGCACGUAUGAUGCCUGGCACACCGCUGCGGUCUACUUGGAAGAAUCGGCAAUCAGUCCAGUUAUUGAUACCCCAACCGUUCGUGAGAGCAACUUGGAUGCCCUCGUUGAAGUCUACGCCGGGUUACAGGAGGAUGACUUCUUUUACGGCACCUGGCGACGACGUUGCAAAUUUGUCGAGACUAACGCUGCCCUUUCUUACGAGCAACAGGGGAUGUGGGAUAAGGCUCAACAACUGUAUGAAAGUGGCCAAAUAAAAGCUCGCUCUGGAGCCAUGCCAUUCUCGCAAGGCGAAUAUUAUCUAUGGGAGGAUCAUUGGUUGAUCUGCGCCCAGAAGCUUCAGCAAUGGGAGAUCCUCAGCGAUUUCGCCAAGCACGAAAACCUGAAUGACCUUCUCCUCGAAGCCGCUUGGAGAAAUAUCGAGAACUGGCAAAGCGAGGCAAAUCGAGAACAGCUUGAGUUGCUUAUCAAGUCUGUUUCCGAUGCUCCAACACCCAGGCGUACGUUCUUCCAAGCGUUCAUGGCGCUUCUCCAGUGUCAUUUCAAGAAGGAGAGCAACCAAGAAUUCAACAACAUUUGCGACGAGUCUAUCCAGUUGUCUCUCCGCAAGUGGUUGCAGCUUCCCAAGAGAAUUACGAACGCUCACAUUCCUAUCUUGGAACAUUUCCAGUUACUGGUUGAACUUCAUGAUGCUAGCCAUAUUUGCAGCAGUCUGUCUCAGACCAAUGAGAGGAAUUUGGAUACGAAGUCUGCUGAACUGAAGCUCUUACUUGGAACCUGGCGGGACCGCCUUCCAAACCUUUGGGACGAUAUCAAUGCUUGGCAGGAUCUUGUUACAUGGCGUCAGCACAUUUUUCAACUGAUCAACGCUACGUAUCUCAAUCUUCUGCCUCCUCAGACGAACAAUGUUGCAAGUAAUUCCUACGCUUACCGCGGCUAUCACGAAACUGCGUGGAUCAUCAAUCGAUUUGCUCAUGUUGCCCGCAAGCACCAGAUGCCCGAGGUGUGUAUCAAUCAGCUAAGUCGUAUCUACACACUGCCGAAUAUUGAAAUCCAGGAGGCCUUUUUGAAAUUGAGGGAGCAGGCCAAGUGCCAUUACCAGAAUCCUAAAGAACUGAAUAGCGGCCUUGAUGUUAUCAAUAAUACCAACCUCAAUUACUUUGGUGCCCAGCAAAAGGCAGAAUUCCACACCCUUAAGGGCAUGUUCCUGGCCAAGCUCAAUGACAUCUCCGAGGCAAACAAGGCUUUUGGGCUCGCCUUAUCCCACGAACUGCGACUUGCGAAGGCAUGGGCUGAGUGGGGCCAGUUUAGCGACCAGCGAUUCAAGGCAGAUCCGACCGACUAUGAGUUGGCCAGCAACGCGGUUAGCUGCUACCUGGAGGCUGCAGGCCUUUACAAGAAUCCUAAAUCUAGGAAGCUGCUCAGUCGGAUUCUCUGGCUUCUGAGCUUGGACAAUGAGGAAGGCCGUGUGGCUGGUGCGUUCGAGAGCUUCAAGGGAGAUACGCCUGUGUGGUAUUGGAUUACUUUCAUACCACAGCUUCUUACUAGUUUAUCCCACCGCGAGGCUCGCCUAUGUAAGGCUAUUCUAGUGAAAAUUGCGAAACUCUAUCCGCAGGCCCUCUUCUUUUUGCUCAGAACGAACAGGGAGGAUAUGCUAAGCAUCAAGAGACAACAUGACCAAAAGCAGGAGAAGCUGAAUCGUGCCAGACAACUGCAAGCUUCGCCGAAUAUGAAGCCUCCUGUUACAAAUGGCGAAACUCCUGCAGCCCAGAAUACCCAGGCUACAGCCAAUGUCAAUGCCAACGCUACAACCAAUGGCAACGCAAAUUCGAAUACACACCCACAAACACAGAGCAAUCAGCCGAACGGACAGCCCGCAAACAGCCAAACCCAACAACCUGGUCAGCCGCAGACAGUGACUCACGGCCAAACCCAAAUUCAAGCCCAAGCCCAAGUUCAGCAGCCUACCGCUCAGGGUCAGGUUUCUGGACAAAAUCAAUCUCCACAUUCAGUGCAGAGCCAUCAUCCGGUUCCAGGUCAAUCUCAGGCACAGAAUAAUGCAGGACAGCAGCAGGCUCAUCUACAGGUCCCCCAGCAGCAUGCAGCCCAGAGUCUCGCACAGGCACAGAACCUGAACGGUACCGAGUCGGAGAAGGAGCCUCUCAAGAAGCCUUGGGAGUAUUCAGAUGAGAUCAUGUCUGGUCUCAAAACAGCCUUCCCGCUGCUCGCUCUGUCGAUGGAAACCAUGGUUGAUCAAAUACAUAAGAAUUUCAAAUGCCCUCCGGAUGAGGAUGCGUAUCGUCUUAUUGUUGCGCUGCUCAAUGAUGGUUUGGCCUACGUUGGGCGCAUGCCCGGCUCGUAUGCACAAGGGUUCAAGUUGCCCCCUGCAACGGAAGCCAAUAUCACCCGAUUUGCAGAGACGAUCCUUCCUGCGCAUAUUCGGAAGUCAUUUGAGGCCGACUUUGUGGCGAAGAAGCCAACCAUGUAUGAAUACAUCCAGAAGUUGCGUCGCUGGCGGGAUAAGUUCGAGGAGAAGCUCGACCGUCGACCACACUCCCAAUUCCUGGAGUCAUACUCGCCGCAUCUUAGCGAAUUCCGAUUCCUGAAAUUUGAUGAAGUGGAAGUGCCCGGCCAGUACCUUCUACAUAAAGACAAGAACCAAGAUUUUGUCCGUAUUGAUCGUUUCUUGCCUGACAUUGACUUGGUGCGUGGGAUCGGGGUCUGCCAUCGUCGUUUGAAAAUCCGUGGCCACGACGGCAGCGUACAUUUGUUCGCAGUCCAACAUCCAGCGGCUCGUCACUGCAGGCGUGAGGAGCGUAUUUUGCAGCUGUUCCGCAUCUUCAACGGGGUUUUAGCAAAGCGCAAGGAGAGCAGGCGACGCAAUCUGUACUUUCACCUUCCUCUGAUGGUGCCAUUGGCCCCCCAUAUUCGUCUGGUCCGCGACGAUGCAUCGUAUAUUUCCAUGCAAGGUAUCUACGAAGAUUACUGCCGGCGAAUGGGUAUGAACAAGGAUGAUCCUGUACUUUUCACCAUGGAGAAGAUGAGGUCGUUGGCCGAAACAAGACAGAAUCGCACUCCCGACCAACAGCAGGUGCUACGCACCGAAAUCCUCACGGCUAUCCAAGAGAAAUGGGUUCCCAACACCAUCAUGUUGGAUUAUUUCCAAAAAACGUACCCCAACUUUGCAGAUUUCUGGCUCUUCCGCCGGCAGUUCUCGUAUCAGUAUGGGGCCGUUGCAUUCAUGACAUAUAUGAUGCACAUGGGCAAUCGGUAUCCGAACAAAAUAUCCAUUUCGCGCGCAACCGGUGACAUCUGGGGCUCAGAGCUUAUUCCGGCAAUCAAUCCGGCCAAGGCGGUCUUCUACAACCCGGAGCACGUACCUUUCCGUCUCACUCCUAACAUCCAGACGUUGAUGGGACCCAUCGCUACUGAGGGUCUCUUCUCAUGCGCUGUGAUGGCGAUUGCACGUUGCCUGACGGAACCUCGUUAUGAGCUGGAGCAGCAGCUAAGUCUUUUUGUACGGGAUGAGAUGAUGUUCUGGGCUACGGCACAACAUCGUGGCGUCCUCCCUGUGCACCAGCUUCGCGAACUGGUUAAUAACAACAGUGAUAUCAUUGUUAAUCGAGCCAUGAGCCUUGCUAGCCCACCAGAAGGCAACUUGCCAGCCAACCAGACGACUAUCGAUCUGAUUUCAAGGGCUGUGAAUCCCCAGUGUCUCGCGGCGUGUGACGCUUUGUGGAUGCCAUAUCUCUAAAAGGAUUUUAAAAAACCCCAAAAAAGAAGUCCAAAGCGUGUUGUGCCGAUUCUUGAUUUAUGUCUUGCCUUUUUCCUCUCCUUUUCAUUCUUGGUUCUACCUAUCUGUGGGCUUGGUGAGAUCUAUACGGCGUUAUUGCUUGGGGAUGGGAAACGAGAUACCUAGGUUGAGCAGUUGAUAUCUGCGUAAGUUUGACUGGCAGAAAGGAAUGGUUUAUUUCUACCGAGUUCGUAUAGGAUAGCGAGGCGCUCUGGGAAGGAAUUGUUUAGUUUUUAAUAUUUCCCCCAUUGUUUCAUUUUGUGAUACUUGCCUAUUCAUCACCGUUUGGCCUGAAAUGAAACUUGUCUUUUUUU